AUGCGUACGCAUCCUACGUUUUACGUUGGUCGCCUCCGCCCGUACUAUCAGUACGAGCCCGUUUCGAGAUGCGAAGAACACCUCCGCGGUCGCGAGCCGAGACCACCUUCGAGUGGUCCCGUUUCAACGAGCCAGUUUGGUCGACUAGAGAAGCGACCUGUUCAUGCAGUUGAGCGAUGUCUCGACGAGCUGCAGCCAGCUCGUAACGAAGAAAACGAGUCGAGUGGUUCGUUCUAA